AUGUGCGAUGGUCUAUCUUUUCGACGACAAAAACAAGUACAGAACACCGAAAAGCAAAAUAAGAGGGCCAGUAAGAACGUAAGUAUCGAAUAAUAGGUGAGAAAGAAAAAGUUUGGCCUCAUGAUUAUGUUAAAGUCCUGUGCAUUUUUAGCUUAUAAUCUACACGUUUUGUUUGCAAUAACAGAAACAACAGCUGGUCGAAAAGGCAAUCCCAAAUAUUGCAGACGCCAUUAAAACAGUCGUGAGUCAAAGCGAAAACAAGGAUUUUAGAACAAAAUGCCUUAACCUUCUCAAGGUUCGUGUUUACACUAUAAGGGUCUUUAAGCUUACUUCUUUCUUUAAAAGCAACUAAGCUUAAUUCCUCUCAAAACGUCAACAAAGAUUUCCACAUUUCUGCAGAUCAAAGAUGAGAAAGGUUUUGACGAUGUAUUGACCAAAAAGUUGUGGAAGAUCGCGAGUUGCAGAUUGAAUAUCAAACCGGCAGCAGAAAGCGAAAGUCAGGUUGGAGCGCUUUUUAAAAGCUUGUUUAGAUCGUGUAUUGUUCUUACAUAAAAACACUUUAUUUCACUUCUUUUUCAAUGUUAUAUUUUGUGUUUCUUAGGUCGUACCGAAAAAUGGAGCAAAAAAUAGGGAGUACUCCGAGGGAAAAGGAUUAUUUUUUGACUUCUUCACUUCAUCACGACACACAUUAUUUCACUAUUUAGUUUCCAAGUUGUUCUUAACAUUACUAGUAUCGUAACAAUAGCCUGUUUUAUAGUGUUUCAGAUAUUAGGUUGUGUAGCCAAAUCACCAAUUUUUGAAAUGGCUAUCUUUUUUUGUUCCAAGAAGCUGACAAAAUUUAGACCCUUCGGACAAAAAUUUUAAAGGUGCCGACAAAAAAUGAAUCUCAGUUCUCAAAGGGUGCUGAAAAAAAAUUUGAGGGUUCGGAUUCCAGUCAUCUUUGUUUUUUCUUUGUUUGUUUUUUUUUGGGGGGGGUGGGGGGGGGAUUAUAAAUAAAACGUUUCCUUGCAGGCUAUCAUUAAAUGUAUACUAAGUAGUUUUUCGGUUUAUUUUCGUAUCUUUAAAGCUUCCAAUAAAGAAAAAUGCAGUAGACGAAGAAAGUGGCGAGGACUACUUUGAUGAUCUAGCUGGAGAUAUAACAUUUUACAACAGUGAUAACUGUUUUAUGAUUGGCCGACAGGCAAAUGAAACUACGGAUGCAUUAUCACAGCCGGACUCAUCUUUUGAACUACUUGCUGAAUUGUACUGGGAUUCAGAUCACUUAUCCGACGAAAUGCUCCCAGGAAUUGCCCAAAAUUCUUCAAAGAACUAUUUACAAGGCCAUACAGGAGCUUGUGACAAGGCACUGUGUGUAUCUGCAUCGCAAGAAAAAUCAUAUGAAUGCACUGUAGAUCCUCCAAAGGAAACUCAGUGCCCUCAGCAGCAAAGUACAGAAAAAUGUUCUCUUAUAAAGGAAGCGACAGAUCUUACCAGUCCUAAAGCUAAGCUACGAUGUUGUAAAGAUGCAUCAGAACCAACUGAGGCAACUACAAGAUCAAAUGACUGGCUACAAGAGUUUAACCAGGACUGUUACUGGGUNCAAAGAACUAUUUACAAGGCCAUACAGGAGCUUGUGACAAGGCACUGUGUGUAUCUGCAUCGCAAGAAAAAUCAUAUGAAUGCACUGUAGAUCCUCCAAAGGAAACUCAGUGCCCUCAGCAGCAAAGUACAGAAAAAUGUUCUCUUAUAAAGGAAGCGACAGAUCUUACCAGUCCUAAAGCUAAGCUACGAUGUUGUAAAGAUGCAUCAGAACCAACUGAGGCAACUACAAGAUCAAAUGACUGGCUACAAGAGUUUAACCAGGACUGUUACUGGGUUGUACACAAAAAAAUUCCUGAGCAACAGGAAGCAAAACAAUCCUCAACGACAGAAAAUGCAACAUUGAGAGCCUGCUCAGAAGCAUCUCUUUCAUGUGUCAGUGUUUCGCAAACUGUGCGAAGUGAAGAUGACUUUGAUGCCCUUGCGGAAUUCUUAGUUGACUAG